GUCCUGAAGGCGUGGCCUCCCAUCCAUCGCCGCAGCGCUGUACAGCGCUCGCUCUCAGUAGCCGUUCACUCAGCUGCGGUCGCCGCGGCGCGCGGACAUGGCGCGAGUGUUGCGCCCGCCGAGCCACACCUGGUGGCGGCAGUUCCAGCAGUAGGAUGUCGUUGAAGACCCCGACGCCGGGGGGCGGCGAUCGUGAGACGUGGGGCAAGAAGGUCGACUUCCUCCUGUCUGUCAUCGGCUUUGCAGUGGACCUUGCCAACGUCUGGCGCUUCCCCUACCUCUGUUACAAGAAUGGCGGAGGGGCUUUUUUGGUGCCGUACUGCAUAAUGCUGGUGGUUGGCGGGAUACCGCUGUUUUAUAUGGAAUUGGCUCUCGGACAAUUUCAUCGCAAAGGAGCAAUCACUUGCUGGGGCAGACUUGUUCCAUUGUUUAAAGGUAUCGGGUAUGCGGUAGUGCUUAUAGCUUUUUAUGUGGACUUCUACUAUAAUGUUAUCAUCGCGUGGGCUCUCCGGUUUUUCUUUGCGUCUUUCACUACUAUGUUGCCAUGGACCAACUGCAAUAACGAAUGGAACACACCAGCCUGUCAACCGUUUGAAGCUAAUUGGGAGAACAUAAACGCUAACAAAACAACUGAUCAUAACUCAUCAGAGUCAAACACUCCAGUACAAUCAACACCAUUCACUUCAGCCGCAUCUGAAUACUUUAAUCGCGCUAUUUUGGAACUUCAAGGCAGCGAGGGUUUGCACGACUUAGGCGCCAUCAAGUGGGAUAUGGCUCUUUGUCUACUGGCAGUUUAUAUCAUUUGCUAUUUCUCCCUCUGGAAGGGCAUCAGUACGUCGGGAAAAGUGGUUUGGUUUACAGCUUUGUUUCCUUACGCCGUGCUUCUGAUUCUCUUGGUCCGUGGUAUCACUUUACCUGGUUCCGCUACAGGGAUACAAUAUUAUUUGAGUCCUAAUUUUGAAGCCAUAACACAACCACAGGUAUGGGUGGAUGCAGCAACCCAAGUGUUCUUUUCUCUGGGUCCAGGAUUUGGUGUCCUUCUAGCCUACGCUUCUUACAAUAAAUACCAUAACAACGUUUACAAGGACGCAAUUCUCACCAGCGUGAUAAACUCUUGCACGUCGUUCGUGGCCGGGUUUGUUAUCUUUAGCGUGCUAGGAUAUAUGGCACACGCGUCCGGCAAACACGUCCGCGACGUGGCGACCGAAGGCCCCGGGCUGGUGUUCGUGGUGUACCCAGCUGCUAUCGCCACCAUGCCCGGCUCCACCUUCUGGGCUCUCAUAUUCUUCAUGAUGCUGCUUACCCUGGGCUUGGAUAGUUCUUUUGGCGGUUCUGAAGCGAUAAUAACAGCUCUCAGCGACGAGUACCCGCCGAUCGGACGUCAUCGUGAGAUAUUCGUGGCUUGUCUCUUCACUCUGUACUUCUUCGUUGGUCUCGCGUCAUGCACUAAAGGCGGGUUCUACUUCUUCCAACUUCUGGAUAGAUAUGCUGCUGGAUAUUCCAUGCUGGUGGCCGUGUUCUUUGAGGCUAUAGCUGUAUCCUGGAUUUAUGGUACCGAGAGAUUCUGCGAGGAUAUUCGUGACAUGAUAGGUUUCCGACCUGGCCUGUACUGGCGUAUAUGUUGGCGUUUUGCUGCACCGGCUUUUCUUCUUUUCAUCACGGCGUAUGGACUAUUGGACUAUGAACCUCUACAGUAUGAGGGCUAUAUUUACCCGGGUUGGGCUAAUGCUUUGGGCUGGGCUAUAGCUGGGUCGAGCGUGAUUUGCAUCCCAACUGUUGCUAUCUAUAAAAUCAUCACGACAAAGGGAACUUUCUUUGAGCGUCUCACAAUUCUUACUACGCCGUAUGCGGACACACAGCACACAGCUCAUAACGGCGUGGUCGUCUCUGAGAGCGGCGGCGUCAGACUGAACUCUACUGUCACCACACCGAACACACCACCGAACGUUCCAUACACACAUGCACAGAUCAUAAACACACAGAUGACACCGACUGCACUUACACACACUCUCGCCCCCUCCCCCUCCCCCUCGCCCCACCCAACGCUCGUCUGAGCGACGCUUUCCUUUGACGUUUACUACGUGUAACGUCAAUGUCAUUGGAAUUGUCAGUGUGCGGUCUACGGCAAGUUUUUUUUUUAAUUUUAGAAUCAACGAUAAAAUUUUGUUAUAUGGAUUCUGAAUAAUAUUACUAGUAUAAAUUAUAAACUAUGUAACUCUUUCGACGUCUAUAUGUAGAUUGGCUUUACGACUUUUUAAUUAUUUGAUGUUGUUCCGAGCAUUUUUAUCUAGAAAAAAGUAUUUAUAUAGAUAGGAUUAUUGACGUCUGUAGGCAUUCCCACUUUAUGCUUUUUAAAUAUAUAAUUAUCUAUAUUACGAAUAUACUUAAAAAUUAAAAAAAUAUUACAGUAAAUACUAAUUAGAUAAGUAAAAUUCUUAGUAUACUAUGUAGUUAAAACAGUUUAAUAGCUAUAUGUAGGAAAUAGAUUUAUCUCAUUAUAUUCUAUUAUUCAAAAAUAUAUAACCAUUUACUAGUCAGUUAUAGUAAAUUGAUUAGAAAUCAUUGAACGUUUAUCAUAUUAAAAAUAUUCUAUAGAGAUGUACUUAUUACUUGCUUAUUUAAAUUGUGUGUCUGAUGUCAGAAAACCGUCGAUGUUAGGUUAGUUAUAAAGUCUCUCGCACACAGACUUGUAACUUUUUUUUUGUCAUGUGUGCAGAUUAUAUAUAAAAAUAUAAACAAGAAGGUUGACGCUGGAACAAUUAGUCUACUAUAUGAGUCGCUACACAGAUUCCAAUAUGUAAUAACUAAAUCCCAUAGAAUUAUGUUUUCUUUUAUUUUUCUUUGUAAUUUUUUUCGUAUAUUUCAAGGCUUUUCGUGAACGGGUUUUUAUUUAUCCAGUUAAGCUUCAUCCUUUUUUAUUGAUGUAAGAUUAUAUUUUGAUAGCUUAUUUUUAUUUUAGUCAUUAUUAAUAUGUAUGUAUGGUAAUAAGUAAUUCACAUCCCUUAAUAUUUAACAUAAAGUUUAUCGAUAUAAUCGAGAAUUGAUAUAAGAAAAAAUGCUGUGUAGAUAAUAGAAAUGUAUCAUUUAAGUAAUGUAGACUAUAAAAAAAGUUUAUAUACCCACGUUGAAAUUAUUUAAAAAAUAAUCUUAUUAAUCGAGAUAAUAUAUAUCUGUAGUGCUAUUAAUAUAUUCCACAAUUUACUAAAUUAUUUAAUCACAUAAUAAUGUUUAUGUAGUUUUCAAACUUCUAAAUGUUGUGAUUCUCUGAAUAAGUGCUCCAGUUUUUAAUUUUUAUCGAUUACUAUUCAUCACUCCGUCCAGGGCAAUGCGGACUGAUGAAUUGUAUGAAAAUCGAUGAUAAAUACAAAAAAAAAUGUUUCCACACUCCAUACAAUAAUUAAAUAUUAAUCUAUGAUAACACUACUAUACAAUGAAACAACUUGGCGAUUUGAAAAUUUUAAUGACUUCUUUAGAAUAUUUAAUAAAAAAAAAAAAUGUAAUCUCUAUGGUACACUUUCUCUUUAAAAUAUUAAUAGUAGAUUUUAGAUGUAGUAUUUAGUGUAAAAUGUAGCUGUUGAUGUUUAUUCUAAUUAAUAGUCAUAUCAGCCAUUGUGACUAUUAAUUUAUAAAAUAAAAAUAACAUUUAUUAUAUA